AUGCAAGCUGUUACAGUAUUGUUAAUAUACGAAAUAAAACCGCAAGAUAGUAAAAUAAACAUGCCCGCCAUGAGCCAUGCAGACGACGUGGUCAUAAUCGUUUCUGCUAAUUUGUCGCGAAGCGGGGAGGGCGGGACGAGAUGCAAUAUCCGGUGCAUGUGCAAGACAAUGCUGAAUGGACCCAUUAAUAGCACCGCAAUGAAUGAAUGCGUAAACACAUGUGCACCCUCGAACCCGCUACCCCCCGGCUCCGAAGUCCGAACAUAUGGUGCAACGCUUAUGCAAAAGGACGUUAUGGCCACUUGGAUUUCGGAGAAUGGCCUUUGCAAGAAACAAAAGAUUUCCAAGUUUAAAUAUGUAGUCAGCUCUUUAAAAACA